UAUAAUCAUCUCACAAGCAAAAGACAAAGGAACAUUACAAAAGGACACGAGCAAAAACAAAAACACUGAAAAAAGAAGGUGAAGGAAAAUGCGGUUGAUUGGAUAGAUCUCAAGGUUCUCGGGAUUCCAGCACCUUCAUUAAAGAAAUAGCACAUGAAUCCAAUUCUUCCUCUUCCGCUGCUGCCGUCGCCUUCACGAGUCUACCGUUGCAUUAUGCAUAGAGUCUCCCCAUUCCCAUUCCCAUUCCCCGGCCUUCCCCUUGGAUAUAGGGAUCCUUCCUUUGACUUCCAACCCCUUCCCCCAUUACUUUAUUUCCCAUUUGCAUUAAUCUACUGAAACUCACAGACCCUUUGGCAACCAUUACACGUAAAUGUAGGAGCACACCAAGCAAAUCGCCCCCCAAAACCCACAAUUUAAUCCCAUUACAACAACCCCUUUUUCUUCAUUUUCACGUCAACUCAAUUCUCUCUCUCAGCAGCACAUGAUCACGGAAAUACUUUACUAAAAAAAAAACACAUCACAGAAAUAAAGAACCAAAAAGAAAAAAAAAUUUAAAUACUUUGGGUUCUUUAUAUCUCAUUCGUUAAACUUAUGUUGUCAUAUCUAUCCAUCAAAUAAUGUGUAUGUACAUUUGAAUGAAUAAAUUACUGUUGCCUUAUUAAGUAUACGAAAAUGAAUAAACAAAUUGAGUUGGUGAGUGUUUUAAACAGACAAUAUUAAAAGAAAGAAAUCAAACAAAAGACCUCGUAUACAUAGAUAAAUGCUACCAACCAUUAAAAAUUAAAACUAUAAGCCCACUACAUUGUACUCUUCAACCUUCAUUGCUUGUACCUUUGUUUUUUUGGGUAUUCUUCAUUGUUUUUUAAUUUUUAUUGUUGGGUAAUUGGCAGUUUUACUAACUUACUCAUUCAUAUGACCCCAUUAUAUCUAUCUAACCUUUUUCAGUUUUCAAUUCUCACUCCCAUCAUCAGUCCCCUCCACACUUACACCAACUUAGCAAAACACCAAUCCCUCAUAAUGUUCAGUCCCACAGACACACAGCAGCAGCAGCAGCAGCCCAACAACCCACUCAAACAACUCUUUGCCACCAUUUUCUCAUACGACGGCAAUGUCUUGCUUGCUGCCUUGGUCUCUCUUCUUCUCGUCAUUCUCUUUGUCCUCCUCCUCCAUGUCUACGCAAAAUGGUUCUUGGCCCAAGCUCACCACAGGCGCCGCCGCAGCUCCAUGACCGUCUCCCGGGUUCUCGGCCCUAACCGAUUCCAGCAUUUCCACACCUUCACCUUGGACCCAACGUCAACAAACAUCAACAGCCUCUCUGGCUCUGCGUCGUCGAAAGGCCUCGACUUGAAAACAAUUUCUGCAAUUCCUCUGUUCGUGUACAAAACAGAGGAGGAGAAGGAGGAGGAGCGAAAUUACGAAAAUGGGUUUUUGGAGAUGGAGUGUGUGAUUUGUUUGAGCCCGUUUGAGGACAACGACGUGGGGAGGAAUUUGCCCAAAUGUGGUCACUGUUUUCAUGUGGAGUGCAUCGAUAUGUGGCUGGGUUCACACAUGAACUGCCCAAUUUGCAGAGCUCUGAUAGUGACCAGCGCUGAUGGGAUUGGGAUGGGGAUUGAUACGACGUCGGAUCAGGCGGUGGGUGAAGAAGAAUCGGUUGUAAUUGAUGUUUUGGAUUCUGGGUAUGUUGAAAAUGAUGAUCUUGUUCGUGUUGGGGUGAUGAGAACUGAUUCUGAACCCACAUCUUCUUCUUCUUCUUCAUCCUCGUCCUCAUCUCCAUUAACGGUGGGUUGUUCAUUGAAGAGAAUGCUGAGCAGAAACAGGCCAGAAAUCAGCAAGGUUUUCCCAACCACAAAUGGGAAUGAUCACAGCAAUCAAAUGGAUGAUUGAUUGAAAUCAGAGAGAGAUUUGGGGUUUGUUUGUAAACCAAAUUUGUAUAGAUUUCUUGCAAGCAAGCAAGCCAUACAUGGAAUCUGUUUUUGUGUGUUGUUUAUUUUUGGUGCGUCUCAGGGAUGCCUUUUGUUGACGUGAGUUAUUGAGUGACUUGUUCAUACUUCUAUCUUUCCGGUUGUUUAUGAUUUUCUGAUGCGACUUCUGCUCAAAAGUUUUGGUCAGUUUCAGUUUUUGAGAUGAAAAGGCAGGAAGAUAGAUAGUCUCAGAUGUGACAUUUAUAAAUAGUGUUGAGUAUGGUGGGGGGUUUUUAACAAGUAUGCCAGUAUGCAGUUUUGUUACACCAAAAUGACCACACAGUCUCCAAUCUUCUCAUCCCAAAAACUCCAUUUUCAGGCACAACACAAUGCUGCAAAGUUCAGAAACACACAAGGGUGAUUGGAGGAGCCUCAUCUUCCUUCAUUUGGACAUUGUUGCACUAAACUAAUUGGUCUUAUUGGUUGGCAUUCUCUCGUCAAGUUUGUAAUCUGUUUGAGAAAGUAGUCUUAGAUUAGAGCCAA